AUGGCCUAUUCAACAUUCUCACAAUCCUCCCAAUGUAUUUUUAAUAAUGUAUACACCCUCAUAAACGUACCAAGCCCCACUUUUCAGAUAGAUAUAGCUGAUCAAAAUAAAGUAAAAUGUACUAGUAAUGGAGAUGGUUCAUUUAGUGCUAAUUUCACAUUAGAACCCUCAAAUUCUCAAUACCACUUCACUAUUGGUUUUAUAAAUGAAACAGCUAUUUUAAAAUUUAGCUUUUUUUUUAUGUGUCAAACUUUCAAAUUUAGUCCUUCUUUAAACCCCAAUGCUUUUCAAAGUUUAGACAUCCAAUUAAUGCAAUCAGGAUAUCCUUUUCUUGAAUAUUCAACUCUAUGGACACCUGUAGCAUUGCUAAAAUCAAAUAUAUCUUAUGACCAGGCUUACAUAUUAUAUAGAUGUGAUGAGUUUGUAACUUUUUAUGCAAAGGUAAUCGGGCAAAACAUUAUCGAGGGGGUCUCAUAUUAUUACUAUAUUGUUCCUUUUGUAAAUACAUUUAUUCGAGGUCAGUAUACAUAUUUUAUUUGGUAUUAUAAUGGGCCAUUUUUAAAAAAUAUAAUAUUUAAUAAUAAUGAUUAUAAAGAAUUACAGGUUGAUACACCUCAAAAUGGUUAUUUAACGAUUCAAGACGAAGAAUAUAUGAGGCUUUCUUUUCUUAUAAGUCGAAAGGAUGCCUACGCAACAACUUAUUCUUUUUAUUCAGAUAAAAUGAUUUCUACCUUUCCAUAUGGUUUUUUUAGUUAUUCAGGUGAUAGUAUUAUAUAUUCUAAUUUAUUUCAUUCAAGGUUAUCAGAUUCUAUUACUAAAUUCAAACUAUACAGCUAUCCAGGAGGUUUUGAAAAGGCUAUAGAAAUAAAUAACCCAGAACCAAAUAUUUCAACAGAUACAUAUCCUCCUGUUAUAGAGUUUGCUGAUGUUAUACAAAUUAUAGGACUUAAAUAUUUAUUGACAGUUAAAGUUAUUGAUGAAAGCGGUGUUUCAGGUUUCUUAUUAAAUAGUGAUUAUGAUCCUAUAAAUUAUGGAUGCGAAACUUUGGUUUCAGGAUCUAAUAAAAAUGGACUCUUUGAAAUGAUAAUUCCAGAUAUUUCAAAAUUUAGCUCUUUCAUUGUUUCUGAUUUUUAUGGUAACUCCUUUUCUGCAUACACAAAAGAAUUAAUUUCAAAAAAUAAGUUACAACAUCCUGUAUAUGUUAGACCCCCUCUUCAAAAGGUAGAAUUGGAUUUAAAGAAUGUAGCAUUUUUUAUAAACAAUAUUGAUGUAUUCAAUAAACCAUGUUAUAAUACAAUAUAUUUUAAUGCUAAUGUUCCUUCUAACUAUCCACUAAUCUUCAAAUUGAUGGAUCCAGUGUCAAGUAGUUACAGUAUAUUUGGAAAUAUUAAAGAUACAUUCCCAGUUAAUUGGAGCAGAAAAUUAAAUUUAUUUUAUUGCGACUUUAUUAUUCCAAUGAAUACAAUAACUGGCAAUAUUCCAUAUGCUAUUAUCUCGCCUCAUGUAAAAAUAUAUAGCUCAAUCCUAACACCUUUAAUAGUUUCAAAAAGCAAAUUAGAUAACGAUGGUCCAAUAAUUUCAAAUAUAAUUAAUUUAAAUCAGUUUGGCCAGGUUGGGUGGAGAGUAACAAUCACUGAUCAAGUUAAUGGUUUUAGUAACGGGUAUUUUAAAGCAAUAGGGUCAUUCGAUUUUUCUUCUUACAAGUAUAAUUUCACAGUUUCAGAUGCAAUUUUAGGUAAUAAAAUUAAUAGCACAUACGACUUUAUUUUAAAUAUUCAAACCCCAUGCAUAGCUCAAGAUUUUUUAUUCGAAUAUAUAUAUUUAGAAGAUGUGGGAAAAAGAAUAUCAAAAUUUGCAAAACAUGAAAAAAUGGUACAAACGGAAGUUAAUCCAUUAAGAAAUUUAAAUGUCUCAUUAGAAUUUUUAAAAACAACUUCAAUAUGUGAUCCAUAUGUUCCAAUAAAUAAUCAGAUAACCCAAUCCACUAUACAGAAAAGUCUCGAACAAUUAGAUGUUGGUGGAGUCAAUAGAACAGUUAAAUUUAUUUAUAGUAUUUCAACAUUAGGUGUUGUUCAAAUGAACCAAUUACCAAAAUUAUAUUUAACAUCAAGUACAAUGAAAAUUAUGGAAUAUGAUUUACAAUUGAAAUUUCAAAUUGAUUAUUGGUUUGAUUACGAGUGUACUGUUGAGGUUCCUUUAGGGUUUGGGUACCCUGAUUCAGUCUUGGUAUCAGCCUCUGGAGUAAUGACCAAUGAUGGAAAUACCAUAGGUACAUCAGGUUUUCUUAAUCUCAUUGAUACCAGUGUUUAUUCAUCAACUCCAAUUCUUACUGGUUAUGAACCAUUCUUUUUAUAUUCAUAUGCUGAUAUAAUAGUAUAUGGUAGAGGAUUCGGUAGUGUAUUUCUGAUUGAUGUAAACUUUUUAAAUGGAACAAUUAUACAAUAUGUUCCAACAGUAAUAGGUCAAACAGUUUUAAAAAUUCCAAUGAAAGACAAUGAUAUAAAAGGACCUUUCGAAGUUUCUAUCCAAAAUACACAACCAUAUACCAUUAAAAUAAUACCAGUUUAUUUUAAUAAAUCAGAAUCUUUUCAGGAUAUUCCAACAACACCAAUCCCAUCAAAUAGGCCACAAGAGUGUUUGGGAUCACCAUUAUGUGGUGGUCGAUUACAAGGAACGUGUAUUGAAAACCAAGGUUGUGUAUGUUUUUCACCUUUUGUAGGUAAAGAUUGCUCAUCUCAAAUAAUUAUUGUUCCAAAACCAAAUAUUAAUAACACUGACCCAACUGUAGAGAUUCCUGUCAGUGGAGAUGAAUUUUCAUCAUUUUAUAAAUCAUUAAUAACCAUCGAUUCUUUAAGAGAAAUUUCAUUAGACAAUAAACCAGUUAAAAACUUUACAUUCAAAUCAUGGAUAUUUAAAGAAAUAGAUUCUUUUUCAAAUAGAUACAUUUCUAAUAUUACAAUUGAUACUACAACAGUUCAAAUUACAGUAACAUUAAAAUGGUUUACAAACCAAACCAAUAUUGAAUUUGCAGGUGAAAAUUUUACUAUGAACCCCUCAUCAUUAAAGUAUACAAUCGAAAUAUCUGAAUAUCCAUUUGAAAGUACUUUAAAUUCUUUACAGUUGGUAAUGUCAGCAUCGUUUAAUUCAAAUAAUCAAAAUGCUUGUUCAGCUAAAGAAUAUGGCGAAACUACAGCAGGUGAUAAUUCCAAUUAUCUAAAGAUUCAAAUUGAAAACAGAUCAUUAUAUGGCAGAUUCAUCAAAAGGGGAAUAAUUAAAAAUAAAGACACAGAAGAGCCCACUGUUGUAUUAUUAAGGAACGAACUAUUAGAUUCUGAAAUGAACCCAAUAGUCAAUCCAAAUCAAGUUCAAACAUAUAUCGGUAUUUCAAUACCAUGGUUUGGUAGUAGCUCAAUUAUUGAUCCUGAUUUUUCAGUAUUGGUAGAUAGUAAUUCAGCUUCCAAUUCGCCAAAUCCUACAUGUUCAUCAGAGUCAAAAUUAUCAGGUGCUAAAAUUGCAGGUAUUGUUAAAGUAGAAAAGAAAUUCAUAAAAAAAAUUGAUCUAAAACUAAAAGAAAUAAAAGAAUAA